CACUAUUGAUAGAAUAGAUUUUUAUACUAGAUUUGUGCAGUGUUCACAGCAGGGCACAUAUUAAGAGCGUUACAUUUUUGUGUUAGAGGAGGAUUUGACUAAAAUGAUGUUUGAAUUUUCUUCCGCAUGUGCGUGUCUCCCUAACAUCUUGUACAUGUGACGGGGAAGGAUCUCAACUUAUUCAACAUGGGUUCCCCUCGUCUGCAAGACAAAGAUUUCUGUUUAAGGAAAAGUCUGAUUGCUUUUCUUCUAGUAUCCCUUGAAUACUGAGGAUGUUUUAUUUUUGUUUCACAGGAUUUUGCUCUAAUGUCAAUUGGAUUCUCAUGUAUGUGUGUCUUAUUACGUUGGUGUAAAAGAAGAGAAUCGAUUUUGUGUUUGGGAAGUUUAACGAUUUAUAUAAUUUUAGAUCUGAUAUUAAAAAAUCUUAGAUAUAUUAGAUUUCUAAAGUUCAUAAUGGUUGAUGUGCUGUAUUUUAAGAUUUAAUUGUGUUGCAUCAAAAAUCUAUCAUUAGGAUGAAAGAUGGAUCAUUUAUCCAUUUAUCAUUUUUCUUAACCUACCUUGAUUUGCAAUUUAUUCUUUUUAUUUCUACAACUUUCUCAUUCUGAUGAUGAAUCAUAGAGUGUGUUCCGAACAUUGAUACAAAUAAAUUCUACACGAUUGAACCCAGAAACACAACACAUUAAUUAAAACAUCUGUUUCCCUUGACAAAGGGGCUUCUAUAGUUUAUUUUGUUUGCUUCUAAAAACUCACAUGUUGGAACAGUUGGUUGAUAAAGAUUGGAUUGAAUAGUAUUAUAUUAUCAGUUGGACAGUUAACCUUUCUUACUCUGUAUUUCUUGGAGAAAUUUGUGAGACAACUCUGAAAAAAUUUGUCCUCUAUCUUCAAUAGACAAGCUCUCCAUGAAGAUCAAAGGCCAUUUGACAAGACAACCAGCCACCCCAUUCCAUUAAUUAAGUACCCCUGUACAAUAAAGUUUCUCACAAAAAAAAAGAAGAUAAAAACUCAAUGAAAUAACUUCCUCUCCAAAAGAGAGAAUGAGAACCUAGAUAAAACCUCCUAAAAAAUUAUCUUAUAAAGAUAAAUGAAAAUAAAGAACUUUUAAAACAUUUAGCUAUAAAGUUUGCUAAAGAUGAAGUCUUGUUUUAUGUUGGAAUCAAUGAAUCUCCAAUAAUUGUAGAUCUUGAUAAAAGGUACAAAGUAUAUUAUGAAUGACUUCAAGUACACUAUUCAAUUAUGCAUACACAAAUGACUCAAUAAAGUUGAAGAUACAAGAAUACUAUUAUCAAGAAAUAUAAAAACAUUAAACAUAAGAACAUCAAAACCCAUCUUUAAAAAAUGUGCAAAUAAAAUCAAGUUGAAUAUUUUACUAAAAUAACUAAAAACAAAUAAAAAGAUACACUGUAUUUUAUUUGUUUAAUAUCAGUAAGUAUUUGUUUGCUUGUCUUACCCAUUACAAUUAAUUCUGUAUUCAGCAACUUGCAGGAAAUACUUGGAUCUGCGAUGAGGGAUGAAAUAAGAAACAGAGACCAUUAUUCUCAGUAGGUGUAUAGGUAGAUAUGGAAUCAAAGAAUGUGAGCGAGACAAACCGACCUAAGAAAGGUAGUUGUCAAAUCCCAUGCGGCCUGUGGAACACAACCCCAAAUAUAAAUUUUAAAUGUGCAUUGUCAGAAGUACUAAAUGCACCUGGGUGGUGGGUCUGGCAACGCUUGUUUAUUUAGAGUUUUUGCAGACAUUUUAGUGGUCCAGGGUUUUCUAAAUUGGAGGUUAAAUAGGGGAGAAGACAUAUUUAUUUAUUUAUUUUUAUGAUUACUGUAAGAAGUUUAUCAUCAACACAGACAAAAGUCAUAAUUAUUGGUCAAAGAUUUCAGAUUUCUACAGUUCAUGUUUUUGAUAAUAAAAGCAGUAAAAAACGAGGGGCUGAUCCAUAGGUACAAUUAUGAAAACAGUGGCAGGACCAUUGUCCGCAUAUAAUCAGCAAAGUAGCAACCUUUUACCUCUAUCAAAAACAAAAACUAUACUACGAGAGUUUAUCAGCGAUAAAAUAAUACUAGUCAGAGUAUAAUUCAUAUGCCACGCAGGGCCAUAAACAACAAAAUAUAAACAAAAGCAUAAACUAGGCUAAAGGCUAUGUUGACUAAAGGCUAUUUUUGGAUUCAACUCUGUGACUAUGUCCACAGUCCAUGUUGACUAAAGGCUAUUUUUGGAUUCAACUGUGUGACAUUUUUGUUCUCAUCAACUUUUCAGAUCGCACUCCAUGAACCAUCAUCGUGAUGUAAUAAGAGAGCUAAAGGAGAAAAAUAAAUAAAUGACAGACCAAGGUAGGUUAGAAAGAUUGGGAAGGAGGGAGGCCCUGCAACGUCUUCGCUCCUCUCCCAUUUUGUUAACCUACCUUGGUCUGCAAUUUAUCCAUUUUUCUUCUUUAACUCUCUUAUAACAUCCUGAUGAAUGUGAUCCAUUGCUUUGUUAUUCUUCUGCUUUGAAUAAAUUUUAACCCCUCCUUUAUUUCAAUGUGAUCCAAAUGUUAGUAAAUUUUCUUUUUACAUAAUUUAAUUCAAUGACAGUAUUUAUUUUCAAUUAUUGAUUCAAUAUUAUUAAAAUAUUAUACAUUAAAUCAAUAAAUAUUAUAACAAUUAUUCAAUAGAUUUGCAGUCGAAUGCAUUGACUUAAAAAUAAAUAAAAAAUCACGACUGUGGGCCUUUAAAUCUGGAGCUGUGUGGACCAGUCCAAGAGGAUAAUAUUCAGUUUGGUUAUGCUGUGUGGGCAAAUAAAACACUACGUGCUUCAUUAACACAUUCAACCCAUAAUUUGCAGGAUUUUGCUCUAAUGUCAAUUGGGCUCUCAUGUAUGUGUAUCUUACUACGUUGGUGUAAAAGGGAGAAUCGAUUUUGUGCCCUAGGAAGACACUAUGCGUUUUCUUGUAGCAACUCUUGGGCUAUUAAUAGUAGCACAAAGAAUUCUAAAUGAACUUUAUAAAUAUCGAGCCUGUAAGAGGCCUACGCAACAUGAUAAGUUGAUGCCAGUGAUAGAGCUGACAGAAGAUGGGCAUGUCGAGAAGCUUGAGCCGUUUGGGGAAUAUGUAGUUCGGCAACUUGGUAUUAUGACACCUGAUGGUGAUUCUCGCCUUUCCAAGCUUGCUGAAGAGUAUUUGAGGGGAGAUAAGAGCAAUUCUGAUCGGAGUCGAGAAAGCAUCCUUUUGUAUCUUUCUGAUAUGUGCCCUGAAGAUGAAAUUGAAUCUCUCUAUAAAGUGAUAACAGAUGAGCUAGAUAGCUGCAUACUAAGUUACUUUGCAUUUCAUUGGGAUCACUCUAUGUUUACGAUUAAUCAGGUUCUACAGAUUAAUUCUCCGAAGAAUAAGCUUCAAUCUGCUGUAUAUAGUGCUACCAGGGAACAAAGUGCUCAACGGAUUGUGAAGAAUCUCAAGACAAAAAGUGUAUUUUCUACUUUAUUACAGGAGUCUAAAGCUAUUGGCCACCUCCCCAAUCUUCCUAGUGAGCACCUCCCCAGUCUUCCUAAUGAGACGAAUGUAGUUAUGCCACUGCUUGCCAAAGAUAGAAGCCCUGUGCUGCUUCUAAUUGGGGGUGGGAUGGGAGUUGGAAAGAGCACGGCGGUCAAAGAUAUAAUGAAAAGCCCUUUCUGGUCAAAUGCAGCAAAAGAUGCUGUGGUAGUAGAAGCAGAUGCUUUCAAGGAAACAAAUGUCGUAUACCAAGCCUUGAAUUCUAGUGGGCAUCAUGACUUGUUGGAAGCAUCAGAACUGGUGCAUCACGAAUCAACCGAUGCAGCAGAGUCUCUCCUUGUCACAGCCUUGAAUGAGGGUCGUGAUGUAAUAUUUGAUGGCACAAUGUCCUGGGAACCAUUUGUUAAACAGACAAUUGACAUGGCUCGAGAUGUCCAUUGGAGACAAUAUAGGAGGGGUCCAGGCUAUAAAAGAGCAGAGGAUGGUUCUGUACUAGAAAAAUACUGGGAACCAGUUGAGGAUACUGAUCCUCCCAAUGGUUUGAAAACCAAUGAUAAGCAACUUGAAAAUGGGAGGAAACCAUACAGAACAGAGCUUGUUGGAGUCAUCUGUGAUGCACAUCUUGCAGUAGUUCGUGGCGUGAGGAGAGCCAUAAUGACAAAACGAGCUGUGAGGGUUAAAGAGCAACUGAAUUCAAUCAAAAGAUUUGCUGUUGCUCUUCCGAAUUAUUAUGACUUGGUUGAUCAAGUCAAUAUAUUCAGUACUAAUGAUAUUGGAGGCCCAGCAAAGAUAAUAGGAUGGAAAGAGAGGCAGAGUAAAUUGCUUGUUGAUCCUGAAAAUCUCAAUGCUGUGACAAAGUUGGCCUUUUUGAAUGAGAAUGCAAGAUCGAUGUAUGAAUUGUACGGUUCACUGAAUGACACAGUUGAGUUAGAUAAGGCCAUGAAAGAAGCAUUAUCUCCUGAAAGAGCCUUGCGUCAGAAGCAGUUGCUGAGUAAAAUUCAAUCCAUUGAAACUCAUUUGCUACAUAGAAAUUCAAGCAGCAUCAAAUCCAGCCACUCUGCAUCCUCUCUUAUGCUCUGACUACAGCCGACAGUCUUCACUGGACUCUUCAGAUUUUAGUAGUCAUGCAUAUGGUCACAGUUCAUAGAACAAUAAAGAGGGUUUGGGCCCAGAUUCCUUCUGACCCAGCUCAUCAGAAACGACAUAUUCUGCUUUCCAUUUCAACAUUGUAGAUAGCUUUGUUAUCACAAACAAUUUUACAUGUCAAGGGGAUAAUCAUGAAGAUAGCAAUGGUGGAUAUUGUUGAAUAUUUAGUAAUUCUUUUUAUUUGCAUAGUUAUGUUUUUUGUUUUUA